AAUAUUAAUAUUCAAAACUUACCUAUCAAAUAUUAUAACAAUACUAAAGCAUGGAUGCUUGCAGUUCAUUUCCAAAACUGGUUGAAAGAUUUUGAUGCACAAAUGGCAAAAAAAUAUAAAAAUCAAUGA